UCGGAGCCCCGGCAGCCGCAGGUGCCGCCCGCCCGGGGCCAGUCCCGCGCAGCCCCGCGCCCACCGCCGGCCGCCGCCCGCCGCCGCCCGCGCCGGGGUAGGUAGGCGUCUUUUCCUUGCUCUCUCCUCCGCUCCGGGAACCCCUCUGCUAGCCCCCGUGCCCCGGGGCGGAAGACCAGUCCAAGCUUCUUGAAGAAGAGGAGAGAGAACCAAGAUCGAGAUAUUGGGCUAAGGCUUCCAGAUCUCUGUUGAGUGAAUUGAAGAUGAAUGCUUCUGCCAGCAGAGUUUAACUGGAGGAUCUGGGUGUGGGCUGACUUGACCAUGGGAGCCAACACUUCAAGCAAACCACCAGUGUUUGAUGAAAAUGAAGAUGUUAACUUUGACCACUUCGAGAUUUUGCGAGCCAUUGGGAAAGGCAGUUUUGGGAAGGUCUGCAUCGUGCAGAAGAACGAUACCAAGAAGAUGUAUGCAAUGAAGUACAUGAACAAACAGAAAUGUGUGGAGCGCAACGAAGUGAGGAAUGUCUUCAAGGAACUCCAGAUCAUGCAAGGUCUGGAGCAUCCUUUCCUGGUGAAUUUGUGGUACUCCUUCCAAGAUGAGGAGGAUAUGUUCAUGGUAGUGGACCUCCUGCUGGGUGGGGACCUGCGUUACCACCUGCAGCAGAAUGUCCGUUUCCAGGAAGACACUGUGAAACUCUUCAUCUGUGAGCUGGCCAUGGCCUUGGACUACCUGCAGAGCCAGCGUAUCAUCCACAGGGAUAUGAAGCCUGACAAUAUUUUGCUCGAUGAACAAGGGCAUGUGCACAUCACGGACUUCAACAUCGCCGCAAUGCUGCACGGGGAGAUGCGACUCACCACUGUAGCAGGCACCAAGCCUUACAUGGCACCUGAAAUGUUUGACUCCAGAAGAGAAGCCGGCUAUUCCUUUGCUGUGGACUGGUGGUCCCUGGGAGUGACAGCGUAUGAGCUCCUGAGAGGCCGGAGACCAUACCAUAUUCGCUCCAGUACCUCCAGCAAGGAAAUCACACACAUGUUUGAGACAGCUAUUGUGACUUAUCCCUCUGCCUGGUCACAGGAAAUGGUGUCACUACUCAAGAAGCUUCUUGAGCCUAAUCCAGACCAGCGAUUUUCUCACUUGUCUGAUGUUCAGAACUUCCCGUAUAUGAAUGACAUGAACUGGGAUGCAGUUUUGCAGAAGAGGCUCAUUCCAGGUUUUAUUCCUAACAAAGGCAGGCUGAAUUGUGACCCCACAUUCGAACUCGAAGAAAUGAUUCUGGAGUCCAAACCUCUUCACAAGAAAAAGAAGCGUCUGGCAAAGAAGGAGAAGGAGAUGAGGAAAUGUGAUUCCUCUCAGAAGACGUGCCUUCUUCAAGAGCAUCUGGAGUCUGUCCAGAAGGAGUUCAUCAUUUUCAACAGAGAAAAAGUAAAAAGGGACUUUAAUAGAAGACCGGCUAAUCUAGCCUUGGAACAAACCAAAGACCCUCAAGAGGAGAAUGGUCAGAAUAAGAAGUGAAAUCCUCCGCAUCUUCUGCUUGGGACUUUUCCUGCCACCUCAGGCCAGGAAUUGCUGACAGUAGUUCUCACCUCUCCACACCUCACACACCUUAGAAAAUGUGUAUGAACGCCUUUGGGAGGAGGCAGCAUGACAGAGACAGAGUUCCAGGUCUCCUGGGACCUCGUUUCACCACGAAUUAACUACGUUGCCUUGAGCAAGUCACUUCCUCUAUGGUCUUUGCUUUGGGUCAUUCACCUAAAUGAGAGGGUUAUACAAGAGGAGCUCUGUUCUCCCUUUCUACUGUUACCAUUCUGUUUUUCCACGCAGCCUUUAUCUUUAUUUUAAAAGGAAUAUUUAGAUGUAGAUUUAUUUUUCCACUCAUUCUAACUACACUGUGAUAAAUGGGCAAAUGGACACUGAUGGGUGGCUGAUGACUGUGUAAGGCUCUUCAGAGCUAGAAAAUUUCUUAGAGGGGCAGAGAGCCCCCAUCUGACUGAGGAGAGAGAAGGAAUUCAAUCAGGAAGCAAUGAAUGGGAGCGGAUUAGAAGUAACAGAUUUCUGAGGCCUUCUAGCGGCAUUCUGGAAUCAGCACACCCUGUCAGCUUCAGUAAGCCAGCAAGAGCCCAGUGAGCAUGUCCUUCCCAUCGCCCUGGACAGAGAUGUGAAGCUGGGGAGCUGAAACUGGUCAUGACUGGUAAACAUUGGUGAUAUUUACAUCACAGAAAUGGGCAAAUGCUUCAAAUCAGGGCUCCCCACCUUCCCAGCCCCCGUAAGCUGGUUGUAAAGCAGUUAUCAGCAUAUCGCUCACCUCCUAGCCUUGAGAGUGAAUUGUCCUCUUAUCAGAGACUCUGACUGGAGAGAUCAGAGAAUCUUACUGUCACACUGAGACCAUGUCCACCUUUUAGUAAUCAAGCUCUCCCUUACCUAUACAGGGGUUACAGUCUGAGUAGAAUGGGAGGGGAAUUUGGAAGAGAGGAAAAUUUACACUUAGAAACCCCUUUAAAUUACCCACACCAUGGUGGGAAUCUUUCUCAGCGAAGCCCAGUACAGUGAGCCACCUUCCAGUAAUGAAGCGAAUCACCAUGUGAGGGUUUAUUUUGUCUUUUAUUUCUGGUCUCAUUUUUGGCCAGUAUCAGAUGAACCAAAAUAUGUUUCAGAUUAUACAUGCCUUUAUAGACUGGAAUAAGAGAACUAGAAGAUGUAGUCAGGCCACCUAAACCUCGUCCUUACAGACAGGGCCUUGCCAAUAUGGCAGAAAGCAGGCAACAGGGAAGAGCAGACCAAGAAACCAGGCAGAAGUAACAGAUCCCACACCGGCCACACCAGACAUCCAAGGAGGGAAGCAGCACUCGGGCAAUUAAACAUGGGUAGGAAGCCAAUGCUGGAUUUUAACUUGGCCUCCAGGAUUUCCUCCUCACUGAGUUAACAGGCCCAGAAUUUCUGGCAGAACUGUGAAUAGUGUGUCUCUACUUUAAGAGCAACCACAUUUUUGUUAAGAAUUAAAACCAGCUCUUUUCUUCUGUUUGACUUUUUUUUUUUUUUCUACAUUUCCCACAUACUAUUUUUCCCGUGCUGUUUUCCUUUUCUCCGAAAGCUACAAAUUACGCACUGGCUCCGACUCCAUUUCUGAUUAUGUAUGGAAAGAGCAAGGGGAAGGUGACCCGGGUUCUGUUCCAGGCUGGUCACCCCAGGAGUGUCAGGGGCCAUUGGCGUGGUUUACCAUCUUGCAUCUUCCAUGUGUUUUGCCUCAAGUCCUGAUGUGCUGUGGAAUUGUCUCUCCAGUCACCUGGUCCCUCCUCUUGCUGUGACCUUGUAUGUAUCCUCGAGGAAAGACUUCAGGAAACACUUGCCAUGGGGCCAUGGGAUCAGGGGGCUUUGCAUGGGGAAGGGAGCGGCCAUCUUUGCCAUUUCACAUCUAUACAAUGUUUAACAGUACAGGAACCCCAUAACAUCUAUGUAGUGUGAGCCCCUAGUUUUUAUGUCCAGUGAGUUCCUGUUGUGCCCAAGGCACCUCUGUGGACAUUGGUGGAACUGUGGACACACCAACCAAACAGCACAGCCUCAGAGCGGUAAGAUGGAUUCUCAGUCCCAAUCAGGUUACAGACCCACAAUGUGUUUCCAGUUAGAAUGAGAAAGAACCAUAUUGAAAGCGCCCAACAGCUGACUGUAAGCAUCUCCCACCACCACCCAUUUUCAACAUUAGGACAAAAAGGUUUCCAGAAACCAUAAGGAGGCCUAAAUCUGUACCAUGAUUGCUAGAUGUUGGUAUUAGCUUCUUCGGUUUUAUUCCUUAACUUGGGCCCAGAGUUCCUACCCAAACCAGCCAGAACAUGUCUCAGCAAUUAGAUGACAAGCAAGGCUUGGGGCUCAGAAUUUUAGAAAAUAGGCCGAGUAUUGCCACCCUUUGCCUGGUAUUCUCCCAUCUCCUUCUAACUGCUUCCUCCCUUCUAAGAGCCCCUGAAAAGUCUAGAAAAGUCUAAACAAGUCCAGAAAUAUCCAGGUUAUAACAACUCUUACACUAUAGCUGGGUCACCCACCCCCUGGCGUUGUGACCCCCCUCCCAGUAGCUGGGGGGUGAGAGGGCACGCCAGUCCUGCCACCCUGCCCAUGCCCUGAACUCCAUGGAAGUAAAUACUCUGCUAAUGGCUGACACAUCUCAAGGACAGCCCUGGUUCUGGCUGGGAUCAUUGCUAGGGCAGCAAUAAGUGUCCAGCCACACAAAGCCCUGCUAAGUGAAUUAUGGUCAUUAAUUCAUAGUGAAGCUUCUUGUGAUGGGAAAGUUUGAACCGGAAACUAGUGGGCUGUAGAUCAUCAUAGCUUCUCUAGAUUGGAUGGGCAAGUACAUAGCUUGGGAGAAACAAUGCUGAUAGAGCUGGCAGGAAGCAGUCUUGCUGCUUUCCACGGUACAGUCAAUGCUAAACCUUUUGUUCGCCAGCCAGACGAAAAGGCAAAGGCAUGCAACACAUCGUGUUUGUUUCAGUAGCCAGUCGUGCCUGCCUUGUCUACACAACAUCAUUUCCCACUGUCCUCCUGCAAUUGCUCUUUCUUACAAGCUCAGUGUGUCUGACUGAUGUUAAAUGCUGAGGUUCGAAAUCCAAACUUCAGUGAUCUGCACUGUUGUGAACAGGAAGCCACUGGGUGGGAAACAUGUGCUUCUGUCGCUAGAAUGUAAAUGUGCCUUGGUGUAUUAAAACGUCUUCUGUAUACAGUAAGCCACUGGUGCUUCUCAGCUGUGUCACUGUUUUUCCUGGAGGUAGGGCUGUAGGUGCCCAAAAUUGUUUGUUCCUACUUCCAUUUCCCACUGUGAGCACCGUCCUUGGCCAGGAACAUGCUGGUAUUAGAGAUGAUGUCCUAGAAUGGUGGAAUACAGCAUAAUUUAACUGAUCCACCAAUAGAGAAACUAAAAGCCUGACCCCUUGAGCAUUCACACAUCAGGGAGCACAG